AAUGAGACUUGCUUUGUGCUUAUUGGUCAUUUUAGCCGUUGCCAGCGCUACAACAAAAUUCAACUUGGAUUACUCCAAGAAGAGAUCAAUGACAGCAGUUAUGGCUGAAGUUGAAGCCAAAUUAAAGAACAAAUCACCACUCGAUGCUAUUUUGAACGUAUUGAGAGAUUUCAGAGAUGCUGUUAACACAGAAUAAGUUAAUCAUGAUGAAAUUUACAAUAUCUAAGUCACAGAAUGUGAAUCUGAAGAUGCUUUCAGAAGAGCUGAAGUCACUGAUGCCAGCAAUGUCCUCAGAGAUUCAACUGCUGCCUUAAAUGUUGCUUAAACCUCAAAAAUCAGAGCCACCAACUAAUAAGAAGUUAACUAAUAAUAAUACUUCUCAGCUUAAGAACACUUAAACAGUGUUUUGAGUGCUGCAGAAACUGAAGCUGGAUAUUUCAAGAGAAGAGGAAGAGAUUAUGAAGAUGCUCUCCAUGCUAUUGAUGAAGCAUCCGAUAUCUUAGCCACAAUCUACAGUGGAUCAGGAUCAUUUGCUGAAAUCAGCAGAGUUUCAAAGAGCAUGCUCUAAACAGCCUUCAACAUCAAGGAAACUGCCAAAUUUGCCCCAGUCUUUUAUGCCUUUUCUUAAUUGGCUGCCUAAGAAGGAUAACUCGAUGAAUCAGCUCUUGAAAGAGUUGCUUAACUUUUGGAAACCUUGAGAGGUAACAUCCAAGAAGCAUACAAUGAUUUCACUGAAUCAAACGCUGUUUCAGUUGCUGCUUUCAAUGACUAAAAGGAUAGAAUUGGAUAAACCCUUGCUAGACUUGAAGCUUAAAACGAAAGACUUUAAAAUAAACUUGAUUCAUUGAACUAAUAAAUCGGAACUCAAUCAGCUAUUGCAUAAACUGCCUCAGGAAAACUCUAAAGAAACCAAUAACUUUGGGAUUAAGCCUAAGCCUUAUGCUCAACUUUCGCCAAUGAAUACAAUUAUGCCACUUAAGCUAGAAGAAAUGAAAUCUAAUUAGUUGCUUAAUUAGAAGAGAUGGUUGAAGCCAGAUUCAACCAAGUUGAAGAUGAAAACCACGAAAGAAACCAAAGACUUGCCAACCAAGCUUGAUCUUGUUUUCAUUUUCAUAAAAAAAAUAUAAAUUUAAUAAUUCAAAUA